UGAGCGAGCAUCGCGGACGAGAGAACGAGGGUGGUUGUUGGCAGAUCGACAGAUCCCGAUCUCAGAUCUCGCUUUGAGCUCGCUCUGUUCUCCUCCGUUCCACCUCUCAGAUGGUGUUCUCGCGGUUCAUGGCGGUGGCCCCCUGGAUCGUGGCUGUGUUCCUGCUCGCCGCCGACAGGGCCAGCGGCUUCUACCUCCCUGGCGUCGCCCCUGCCGAUUUCCAGAAGAAAGACCCACUUUUAGUGAAAGUAAACAAGCUUACUUCGACAAAAACGCAACUGCCGUAUUCCUAUUAUUCUCUUCCAUAUUGUCAGCCAGAUACCAUAGUAGAUAGUGCAGAAAAUCUUGGAGAGGUUCUUCGUGGUGAUCGUAUUGAAAAUUCUCCCUAUGUGUUUGAAAUGAGGGAACCUCACAUGUGUCAGAUCAUUUGCAAGAUUACACUCACUGAUAAAGAUGUUAAAGAACUCAAGGAAAAGAUAGAGGAUGAAUAUCGCGUCAAUAUGAUCCUCGACAAUCUUCCACUCGUUGUUCCUAUCAAAAGAACGGUUCAGGAAACUCCCACAUUUUAUCAACAUGGCUUUUACGUUGGUGCCAAAGGACAAUCUACUGGAAAUAAGGAUGUAAAGUACUAUAUCCACAAUCAUCUAGAGUUUCUAGUCAAGUAUCACAAGGAUGCACAAUUGGACCUUGCAAGGAUUGUGGGAUUUGAGGUCACACCAUUCAGUGUUAAACAUGACUAUGAUGGUGAGUGGAAUGGUAACAAGACUCGCCUUAUCACAUGUGAUCCUCAUGCGAAACGAACAGUUGUGAACUCCGAUUUCCCACAAGAGGUUGAAGUAAACAAGGAUAUCAUAUUCACAUAUGAUGUUGAAUUUCAGGAGAGUGAUGUGAAAUGGGCGUCACGGUGGGAUACAUAUCUUCUAAUGACAGAUGAUCAAAUCCACUGGUUUUCUAUUGUCAAUUCCUUGAUGAUUGUUCUCUUCCUCUCUGGAAUGGUAGCCAUGAUUAUGCUGCGGACUCUAUACCGAGAUAUCUCCAAGUACAACCAACUCGAAACUCAAGAAGAAGCUCAAGAAGAGACCGGAUGGAAGUUGGUCCAUGGAGAUGUAUUCAGGCCUCCAACUAAUUCAGAUUUGUUGUGUGUCUACGUUGGUACUGGAGUCCAAUUCUUUGGUAUGUUACUUGUAACCAUGCUUUUCGCAGUCCUUGGAUUCCUUUCUCCAUCAAACCGAGGAGGAUUGAUGACAGCAAUGCUCCUACUCUGGGUGUUCAUGGGUUUGUUUGCUGGUUACUCCUCUGGCAGUCUCUACAAGAUGUUCAAGGGAACAGAAUGGAAGACAAUUACCUUGAGAACAGCAUUCACAUUCCCUGGAAUUGCAUUCGCCAUAUUCUUCGUCUUGAAUGUUCUUAUCUGGGGCGAGAAGUCAUCUGGUGCUGUGCCAUUCUCCACAAUGUUCGCCCUCGUGCUACUCUGGUUUGGUAUAUCAGUGCCCCUGGUGUUUGUAGGCAGCUAUUUGGGGUUCAUGAAACCUGCUCCCGAGGAUCCUGUGAAAACAAACAAGAUUCCUAGACAGAUACCCGAACAGCCAUGGUACAUGAAUCCAGUUUUCUCGAUACUAAUUGGAGGCAUUCUUCCAUUUGGAGCUGUGUUUAUUGAGCUAUUCUUCAUCCUCACCUCAAUCUGGCUGCACCAAUUCUACUACAUUUUUGGGUUCCUUUUCCUCGUCUUUCUCAUUCUUUUCGUGACAUGCGCCGAAAUCACAAUCGUACUGUGCUACUUCCAGCUAUGCAGUGAGGACUAUCAGUGGUGGUGGAGAUCCUACUUGACCUCAGGAUCAUCAGCACUCUAUCUCUUCCUAUAUGCAACCUUUUACUUCUUCACAAAGUUGGACAUUACAAAGUUUGUAUCGGGUAUUAUGUACUUCGGCUACAUGCUGAUUGCCUCCUAUGCAUUCUUCGUGCUGACUGGCACGAUCGGGUUCUAUGCAUGCUUAUUGUUUACAAGGUUGAUCUACUCAUCAGUCAAGAUUGACUGAGAGAAUCCACAAUCAUUUUUAGGGUUUGAAUUAAAGUUCAGUUAAGUUUGCCGUUAUGUUUCCCUACAAUAUUGGUGUUGAGCAAAGAUGUUUUUACUUUGUAGAUCUUUGUUGUAGAACAGAAGUUCCAUAUGUGUGAGGUAACUUCUAUAAUAUCAGUUUUGUUAUUGUAUCAGUUUAAAUUUGAGACAUUAUAAAUUUAUUUAUUUUUCUUUGAUA